CUGCCGGCAGGGAAUUCGCCCCCAGGGCCAGCCAGCCGGAGCUCUUUUUUUUAUUUAGGGCUCGGAGUGCCCUGCCUCUUUGCGGCAAAUGUGCUUGCUCGGAUCCUCGCGUUGCCUGUCUCUCGUGCCUUGUCACGCUUCCUGAAGCCAGCAGCAUCUGGUGUCUUGCGCCUCUCACGGAGCAGCCACCCCGGGUUACACCAAGAACCGCAACCCCCCUCUCCCCCCACAGCAACUCACCAUGGCGUGGGCGCAAACUCUCAACGACAAGGUCGCCCGGAGCGUAGUGGGCAGAUGGUUCAAGCUUGAGGGCUCGGGCGCUACCAAGGAGCGCAAGGGCUCAAACUUCACCACCGAGAUCCGCGCCGGUCUCGUCACCUUCUUCGCCAUGGCUUACAUUAUUGCCGUCAACUCGUCCAUCGUUGCCGACACGGGCGGCACCUGUGUCUGCAAUGGCGGGGCCGACGACCCCAUCUGCGCCGUCAACGAGGAAUACCUCCUUUGCGCUGCCGAGGUCAAGCGUGAUCUCGUCACUGCCACGGCCGCCAUCUCCUCCCUCAGCACCUUCUUCAUGGGCCUCCUUGCCAACUUGCCUGUCGGUCUCGCCCCCGGUAUGGGUCUCAACGCCUACUUCGCUUACACGGUCGUCGGUUUCCACGGUACCGGCCUCGUCCCCUACCAAGUCGCCCUGACUGCCAUCUUCGUCGAGGGCUGGAUCUUCUUCGCGCUCGCACUCUUCGGUAUGCGCCAGUGGCUCGCCCGUGCCAUCCCUCACUCGAUCAAGAUGGCGACUGGUGUCGGUAUCGGCCUCUUCCUCACCAUCAUCGGUCUCACCUACAGCGAGGGUAUCGGCUUGAUUCAGGGCGCGACCUCGACACCCCUCGUCCUUGCCGGCUGCCCCCCCGGCACCAUGGAUCCUGAAACCGGCUUGUGCCCGGACAGCCAGAAGAUGCGGAACCCGCAGCUCUGGAUCGGCAUCUUCUGUGGUGGUGUCCUCACCGUCAUGCUCAUGAUGUACCGUGUCAAGGGCGCCAUCAUUGCUGGUAUCGCGCUCGUCAGCAUCAUCUCGUGGCCCCGUACUACCACUGCCACCUACUUCCCCUACACGACCCUCGGCGACGACCGCUUCGACUUCUUCCGCAAGGUUGUCGACUUCCACCAGAUCGGCCGCACCCUCAACGUCCAGGAGUGGAACAUUUCCGAGUACGGCGGCCAGUUCGGCCUCGCCCUCAUCACCUUCCUCUACGUCGACAUUCUCGACUGUACCGGCACGCUGUACUCGAUGGCCCGCUUCGCCGGCGUUAUGGACCCCGUCACCGAGGACUUUGAGGGUUCUUCCAUCGCCUACAUGGUCGACGCCAUCAGCAUCUCGAUCGGCGCCCUGCUCGGCUGCCCCCCCGUCACCGCAUAUGUCGAGUCCGGUGCUGGUAUUGGCGAGGGCGGCAAGACUGGUCUGACCUCGAUCGUUACCGGCAUUUGCUUCUUCAUCUCCAUCUUCUUCGCGCCCAUCUUCGCCUCGAUCCCGCCCUGGGCUACCGGUUGCGUCCUGAUCCUUGUCGGCUCCAUGAUGAUGAAGGCCGUCGUCGACGUCAACUGGCGAUACAUUGGUGACGCCGUGCCCGCGUUCGUCACCAUCAUUCUCAUGCCCUUCACCUACUCCAUUGCCGACGGUCUUAUCGGCGGCAUCUGCAUGUACAUCGUCAUCAAUUCGCUGGUGUGGGUGAUUGAGAAGGCGUCCGGCGGCCGCAUCGUGCCCAAGGACAAGGACCUCAAGGACCACUGGACCUGGCGCGUUCCCGGCGGCCUCCUGCCCGGCUGGACCAAGCGCCUGGCCCGUGGCAAGAAGGACUUCUGGCGCGAGGACGCCCUCCCCGUGGACGAGUCUGCGUCUGCUUCCGAGGACGUCGAGAAGCGCGUUGCCGGAUCGACCGAGGCCGCGCCCGUUUCUGCUUCGGCCAGCGGCACUCCCAAGCGUGGAAGCAUUCCGGAUAACGAGGCGAUUGCCAAGCAGGUCUAGGCGACCCGUGUUUGGGACCUGCCUCGUUACACUCCCAACGACAGCAACAACAACAACAGCAACUAUACGAAAAGCGAUGAUUCGUCGGACGAGUUGCUUCUGCGGAGGCCGCGGUCUACCGAUUCAGGGAAAUCGGGGGAUCUUUGAUUUUGUCCAGAGAGGCGGAAACAGGCGGAAAGUGGAAAAAGGAAACCCUCGAGAUGGAGGAGCUAUAAUCUGUUCUUGGUGUUCUGUCUCUCAAACGGCUUGAUGAGUCGAAGAAAAUGUGUCUUGUUGUUUGCAAAUACCCGGGUUCUGUUCUGUUUUUUUAGUAUUAUAUCAUGAGGAAAAUAGGCACUUCAGUGCUGCCCUAUCUUUAUCGAAAGUCGUUUUGACAAAUG